ACACCAGUUUCCAAACAUAUGCGAAGAAAGUAAUUGCACUCUGCUUUAAGACUGUGAGUUCAAAUCCACAACCAGUGUUUAAGGGCCUCUGACCUUCUGAUCAGUAACCCAGAGCCCAACAGUGCUUAAGGGGCAAACAGUUGCAGCUUGGUGGUGCUGAGCCUUGACCCCCCAACCUUCCUAUCAAUAACCCAAAGCCCAACAGUGUUCAAGGGCCCAACAGUGGCAGCUUGGCAAUGCUGGGCCUCUAACCCCAAACUACUGAUUAAUAAUCCAGAGCCCAACAUUGCUCAAGGGCUGAACAGUGGCAGCUUAUCAAUGCUGGGCCUCAAACCCUUGAUCGUUUGAUUAUUAACAAUAAUCAGUAUAAAAGUGACACUUGAAUUGGACAUUUGAGGACAGCAAGCAAGAAAGAUGUCAAUCUAAGAAUCUCGGAGGUGGUAGCUUAGUGGUUAAAGCAUUGGACUUUGGGUGAAAAGGUCACAAAUUCGAAUUCCAGCACCCCCAAGAUCUUUCUCAAGGGCCCAACAGUAGCACCCUUGGAUAAGGUAGAGCUGCCGCCUUACUUCCAGCCCUGGAUGGAGAUCGCUGGAUGUGUCAGUGAGCUUGUGUCUUCUCACUCCCUUCGCUCAUCGGUUCAUAAGAUGCCUCUGUUGGAGACUGAGCUGCUGCGUAGUCAUCGAGAGCUGCGUCUGGCUCAUCUGGCCCUGAGUUUUAUCACUAUGGGUUACGUAUGGCAGGAGGGGGAGGAAGAUAAAGUCAAGGUUCUCCCAAAGAACUUAGCAGUACCGUACUGGGAGGUAUCUCAGAGGUUGGGUCUCCCGCCGAUCUUAACUCAUGCUGAUGGGGUUUUGGCCAACUGGAGGAAAAGAAUGCCAGAUGGGCCACUUGACAUUGAGAAUCUGGAGCUGCUUUUUGGCUUCCCAGGGGGGGAAAGUGCGAGAGGUUUUUUCCUUGUCACUCUGUUGGUGGAACUGGCUGCUGUUCCUGCUCUCAAGGCCAUCCCUGAAGUGAUCAGUGGUGUCUGUGAUGGUAAUGUCUCGGCAGUUACAGAAGGACUUGAUGCCAUCAGUCGGUCUGUAGGAGACAUUAAAGAGGCCCUCAAACAAAUGCAUGUACACGUGGAUCCUUCAGUAUUCUAUGGCAUUAUGAGGAUCUUUUUAUCGGGGUGGAAAGACAACCCAUCCAUGCCAGACGGGUUAGUGUAUGAGGGCGUUCAGGCUGAACCGAUGGAGUUUUCAGGAGGAAGUGCAGCUCAGAGCAGUCUGCUCCAUUGCUUUGAUGAGCUGCUAGGUGUCAAACACGAGGAAAAAAGUGCGAACUUCCUGACCCGAAUGAGAGGCUACAUGCCUCCAUCUCACCGAAGCUUCAUCGACGAAAUCUCUUGCACUCCGUCCCUAAGGGCCUUCGUGCUAAAACAAGCUGACGAGAGUCUGACGAAGGCUUUUGAUGGCUGUGUGGCUCAGCUGGUUUCACUGAGAAAUUACCACAUCAGUGUAGUAUCAUGCUUCAUCACCGUCCCGGCGUCCCGAGCCAAACAUCUCCGCUGUGCGGGCCCGGAAUCUUUAGGAGAACACGACCCGGUGCGGAAAGCACCAACGGCGCUGGAAGAGAGAGGAACGGGCGGCUCGGGGAUCAUGAGCUUCCUGAAAAGCGUGAGGGACAGAACGAAGGGCGUUUUGAUCUCGCAGACGGCAUCGGGAAGUGACGUGUGAUGAUACAGUGUGGGAUAUCAGACGAGAAAGUGAAGGAAAGAUACUUACGUGGAAAUAAAUUAGUUUUAAUAGUGAGUUUCAUUAUUGAGUGUUGUUGCAUUGCAAAGGAACACGUGAAAAGCUAAAAAUUUUCAGAGAAGAGAAUUCAGCAUUAAUUCAGAUGAGCCUAUGGACAUGAGCCUCUGUGGUGUGUGGCUUGGGUUUUAGUUGAUGCACUUUGACUGCGAUAAACAACGAGACGUCCCUUUUUUUCCAGGAGCACAAGUUUCUUGUGUAAAUGUUAUCAAAGAUCCCAAAUCAUUAAGCUCAUUAGGAGCAUUGGAUCUGAGUCUACUGUAUCUUGAUGAUGUUCCGACCCUCUGUAAAUGAAAAAUGCAUGCACUGGAAAUCUAAUGGAAACUUUCAACGUACUAAAGCGCUUCAACGAAUCAAUCCCGGCACAUCAAAUUUGACAGCAUCACUGCUAGUUACUUCUAAUUAUCAUGCAAACCAGAAUGAAAAAAAUUCUUUACCCAAUAAAAGUUUCUGGGUUUAUAAACUGCACGAACUUAAUGCAGGGCUUAAAGAUGCUCAUUGGUGCGUAAAACGCAGUUACGGCCGCGCUUUGUGUUUAAAACGCCAUGGUUUCAGUCCAAACCCUAAUUCGAACCACUGACAUUGUUUGUCUUUACAUGGAACCACUAAUCUUUUCAUUUAAACUGCGUUCGAAUGAAAAAAGAUGUACCCCCACUGAAUCUCGAAAGCUCUUGUGAUGCAGACCGUUACUUUAGAUGAGCUCACAGGGGGAAAAUUACCCGUAAAAACAGUGCUUGUUUAUUUAAUGCUAAUAAAGAGGCAAUUUGCAAUUACAUCCUACUAAUGGCGGGAAUGCAAAACAAAACAAGACACAAGGCUCAGAGGAUCAUGCCGUCUUAUUGCCCGAAUAUACGCAUACGCAAGUAUUCCGACGGAGUUUUGGAAGUCCAAACAAAGUUGGGACACUGUGUAAAAUGCCAAUGAAAACAGAAUGAUUUGGAAAUCUCAUAUUUUGUUUAGAAUAAAAUCAAAAAAAUGA